AUGGACAACAACACCACAACCACUCUGCUCUUGCAGCUAACAUCUACUCUGGCGCAGGUAGCCGACAAGAAAGAGCCCUACCAGGAGCAGAAGUGGAUCCUGACCAUCAUUGCCUUCGCUGUCAGUGGAGCUGCCGUCAUCGUGACGAUUCUGAGCCACAUCGUAUCCAACCGGUGCUGGAACAUGCUGUCUCCAACUACCAAGUGCCUCUCCCUUGAUGCCGCUCGCGCUCUCAAUUUCGGCAAGUACAUGUACGACCCAGGGCCACGUACUGAUGCCAGUGGAAACGAAAUUCGAGGGACUAGCUACUGGAAGCUGCUUUUGGGAGAGCCAGAACUGAGGAUUCUAAUAUUGGGAGAUGGCUUUUUCAUUGAUCUCUGUGUCUUAGCUUGCCCCCCUGUCCUUAUCGCGGAACCCGUUGAAGCUGGCAGCGAAGAAUGGUGCAAAAUUCCACAGCAUCAACUCAUGACAACUGCCCCCAACAGCCUGCGCUGCUCUGCAUACACUCUCGCCGAGACAAUCAAUCAAGCUAGGCUCUUGAGGUCACAUGACCUGCUUGACGUCAACCCCUUCUGGCUCGAACAAAGGGUUGGUACCCAGUUCCCGCGAGAAGUGUUUGAAAUCAAGUACGAAUUCAUCAAGAUCACCUCCGAUAGAAUCAUAGAUACGGGCACAACUUAUGGGAUACGAAUCCCCUUCGCGGAAUACUGGUGUACCCUCACAACCACGCGCACGAAAUGGUCCACGUUCAAGCAUAGUUCUGGCUCAGAGGGCCUCGUGGCCACCUCUGUCUGGGGGACUAUGCCUCAUGUUCCAUCAACGACUAAAUUUUCUGAUCUCUGGGGUGACACCCCGCAUGGUAUGCCGAUUGUGCGCCGCGAAGAAGCCAACGACUCCGCCACUAGGCUUCUCAACCUCAAAGAACGUUGCAAGUCUGUGAUCGAAUGCUGGGAGGUCCAGGGAGCUAUGGCACAGGGAGGCAAAGGCCAUCUCUCAGCAUCGGACGUAAACGUGUUGCACAUUGCAGAACUCUUCAAGCAAUGGAAAGAGAAGGACAUACCUGAAAUGCCUGAAAAGCAUAGCUUUGAGUACGGCUAUCCAGAACCCGCCGAGCCAUCCGGGGCACUCACCGACCACGCAGCUCAGGUAGAGUGCAAGAUGGGUUUGCUGCUCUCCUCCGUCUUUUCAGACCCCGGUCAGGGCGUUCUGCGCAACAUCCCGAAGCGACUGAGAUAUGGCAUUGACGCCAAGCCGCCAGCGGAGCUCAAGGAAUGGAAACAAGGUGUCGUCGUAGGCUGUUUGGAGCUGAUAUACCGCAUUGAUUCUUUCUGUGACGAUGUCAGGGUCAUUCCUGAUGUUGCAGAGCUCAUCCGUCCAUGGGAGUGGAGAACGGCGUAUAUAGUAUAA